AUGCUACCCAGGUGUAUAUUUUUGAUGCUUUUACUCAUUUCUCAGAUGAAAGAAAAUGUCACCUUUGGAGCAGAUGGUCCAGAACUGGCUCAUGCUAAAAAGCUUCCUUUUGUUCACAAGCGAGAUCUUGAACACACUCAUAAUUCGGACAUACCGGAAGCAUAUGAAGAGGAAGUGUUGUACGAAGUGAGACUAAGUAGGAAAACUUUAAUCCUUCACCUUCUGAAAUCAAGAGAAUUCCUUGGCUCAAAUUACAGUGAAACGUUCUACACCUUACAAGGAGAAAUACUCACCAGGCAUCCUCAGAUAACGGAUCACUGUUUUUAUCAAGGAUCCAUUAUACAUGAACUUGAUUCUUCUGCUAGCAUCAGCACAUGUAAUGGUCUGAGGGGAUUCUUCAGAGUAAAUGAUCAAAGGUAUCUUAUUGAACCAGUGAAAUACUCGGAGGAGGGAGAGCAUUUGGUGUUCAAAUAUAACCCAAGGGUGCCGUAUGUUGUCAAUUAUUCUUGUGCAGAGCUCAAUUUAACCAUGAAAGCUGUUCCAAAAGACACUAAAUGUAAGGAAAACCACACAGAGAAAGGAAACCAUAAGGAAAAGUAUAUUGAACUGUUCAUCGUUGCUGAUGAAUAUGUGUACCGCAGAAACAGUAGUCCUCACUAUAAGCUAAGGAGAAGAAUUUGGGGAAUGGUCAAUUUUAUCAACAUGAUUUAUAACACCUUGAAUAUUUAUGUGACAUUGGUUGGCAUUGAAAUAUGGACAAAUGGAGACAAAAUAGAACAAGCUUCAAAUAUAGAGACUACCUUAUUGCGUUUUUCAAAUUGGCAAGAGACAGUCCUUAAAAAAAGGAAGAAUUUUGAUCAUGCUCUGUUACUGAGUGGGAAGUGGCUCUACACACAACCACAAGGAGCUUCUUAUCCAGCGGGUAUGUGCCUGCCCAGUUAUUCUGCCAGUGUUAUUAAGGAUCUUCUACCUGACAUAAAUAUAAUUGCGAACAGAAUGGCACAUCAGUUGGGACAUAACCUCGGGAUGCAGCAUGAUGAGUUCCCGUGCACUUGUCCUUUGGGAAAGUGCGUUAUGGACGGCGCUGGAAGUAUUCCUGCGAUAAAAUUCAGUAAAUGCAGUCACAGCCAGUACCAGCAGUUCCUGAAGGAUUAUAAACCAACCUGCAUGCUCAACAUUCCAUUUCCUAACAAUCUCAGUGAUUUCCCAUUUUGCGGGAACAAGAAAGUAGAUGAAGGGGAAGAGUGUGACUGUGGCCCUGUGCAGGAGUGUACUAACCCUUGCUGUGAUGCACACAUGUGUAUGCUGAAGCCAGGAUUUACUUGUGCACAAGGAGAGUGCUGUGAAUUUUGUCAGAUAAAAAAAGCAGGGUCCAUAUGCAGACCCGGAAACGAUGAGUGUGACUUUCCUGAAGUUUGUACCGGCCACUCCUCGGAGUGUCCUAAGGAUAGGUUCCAAGUCAAUGGUUUUCCUUGCAACAAUGGAGAAGGCUACUGCUUCAUGGGGCAAUGUCCCACACGGCAGGAUCAGUGCACUGGAUUGUUUGAUGAUGAAGCAAAAGAGAGUCCUGAUAUCUGCUACACGAUGAAUAAAAAAGGAAAUAAAUUUGGUUACUGCAGAAACAAGGAAAACAUAUUCAUUGCCUGUGAGGAGAAAGACAUCAAGUGUGGGAAGAUUUACUGCACUGGAGGACACCACUCAUCCCUCCUCGGGGAAGUCAAGACCUUUCUUCUUACGGAACCAAAGCAGAAUGUCACCAUCAAAUGCAAAACCAUCUUUUUACAUCACAAUUCUAAAGAUAUUGGUCUGGUUGAUUCUAGAAUAAAAUGUGGAGAGAAGAUGGUAUGCCUCAAUGGUGAAUGCAUAAACAUUGAACAGAUCUACAAUUCAACCAGUUGCCCUUCUCAGUGCAAUGAAAAUUCUGAGGAUGGUCGUGAAUCCGAGUGCCAGUGUGAAGAAGAACAGAUACUUACAGACUGGGAAGAGACCUUAAAUGUUACCAGUAUCUCCAUCAUGGUCAUCGUGAUUCUCAUGAUUGUUACUGGUAUUGGAUCUAUCACAUUAUUAAUUCGUUACCAAAAAUGUAUUAAAUUGAAGCAACAUCAGAGCCCACCUGGAGACACACUUGGAGUAGAGAAUAAAGGAUACGUGGGAGAUGAGCAGCAGAGGAGACCCGAGCCAAUUCUGCCCGAGAGUCCUCCUCGUCAAGAACGUCCAGUAUAUUUCUACAUCAGUUCCUUCAGGAAUACAGCAAUGGUGAUUCAGCACAAAGCAGAAAAACCUGCCCCCUUCCAUGGCCGACCACCAAUACCCCCAAUAUUGGGUCAAGCAUUCUCCGAUAUUGACCACCCCCCACAGCCUGUGUGCCACAGCAACUGUCCUGCUAUUGAAUAUAGAAUUCACAUUGCAUGUGCUAAAACUGGACAGUCACAUUCUAAAGAAAGGUUAAUAACUUCCUUAUUCCACGUAGCAGUCUCUGAGGCUCAAGAUCCACGAGUGACAUUCUUGAGACCACUAGGUGGCCACACAGCUCAGUAA